GCUCACACACUCCUCCUCACAAACUUCUCCUCACACAAUCCUCUCAGGCAGGCUGCAGGAUCUCCUCGUCACCAUGGGUAAAAUCAACGGCUGUCUGAAGUGCGUCUUCGUCCUGCUCAACGCCUUGUUCGUGAUCUUUGGAGUUUUGAUGAUAAUUGGACUUGUGAAGGCCCACCCGCAGCUGUCAAGCCAGAUGGGCCCCGGAUCCUGGGCUGGGCUGUGGGUAUUCUCCGUUGGGAUGCUGCUGGUUUCCAUCCUCGGGCUGACGGCCGCCAAGACCGAGAAGACAGCACUGCUCAAAGGGUUUGCAGGUCUGAUGGGGGCCAUAAUGAUCAUCAUGAUGAUCUUAGGGAUCGUCAUGGCUUCCUACAGAAACCAGUUAAAGAACAUCCCCCCUGACUUUGUUAGACAGAUGAUGGCAGAUAACACAGUACAAGAAGGUCUCGACAACGUCCAAGGGCAGCUCCAGUGCUGUGGCCUUAUGAGCUAUGAGGACUGGGGGAACAGGAUCCCUUUAUCCUGUGAGUGUUUAGAAGACAACGUGUGCACAGACCGCCCAGGGCACUUGGAAGGUCCAGCUAAAAUCUACUCCAGGCCGUGCUUCCCCAUCGUGUCCGACCUGCUGGUUUAUGCCUUGACGUUCUCCAUGGGUGUCUUCUUUGUCUUCGCUGUCACCGCUCUCCUCUGCCUGUGGGCGAGCCUCCUGAUGAUUGGUCAGGUGAGGCGUCACGACGGCGGGCGCGGAGGACAGGCCAUCGCCAUGACGACUCCUGGGUACAAGCUGAGCCCUGGCUCCUGACCUCUGACCUCACUCCUCAUUUCUGCUUCUAAAUGAGUCAUGGAAUAUGAUGUCAAUAGUGACAUCACCAGGAGACUGAGAGUGUUUCAGUGGUGUUCCCAUUAAAGAAAACAAAAGAAAUUGUUCCUCAAUGUUAAGUGUUCCAUGUGUUCAUUCUCCUGUUACAAUGUACCUUGUUUCAGUGACUCCUCCCCUCCAUUAAUGUAAGAGGACAGGUGGAAUCCUCCCUUCUAUGCAUAUGUAAUUAGCUGUUGACUCCUCCCCUCCAUUCCUGUAAGAGGACAGGUUGACUCCUCCCCUCUAUGCAUAUAUAAUUAGCUUUUUACUCCUCCCCUCUAUGCAUGCAUAAGUAGCUGUUGACUCCUCCCCCCUAUGCAUAUGUAAUUAUCUGAUGAAGUUCCUUACUGCUGGGAGGUUUCUGACUCGUGACGCUCCAGACCGACGCUCCUCUGACCUCAGACAGCAGACCUCCCACGUCAGACCAAGGCCCUGUGUCGCUGCCUCAUGGUUCUAACAUGGAGCACUUCAGGCAGGGGCUCCUUUGAAGGACUGUUUGGCCUCGCAUGAUUCUUCACGGGCCCUGAGCCUGCUGAGGGGUAGGAGGAAGUUGUGUCUCAGUAGGCCACUCCCCUUCUUAGUAGGCCACUCCCCUUCUCAGUAGGCCACUGCCCUUCUCAUUAGGCCGCUCCCCUCCUCAGUAGGCCGCUCCCCUCCUCAGCCGGUCACUCCCCAUCUCAGUAGGCCACUCCCCUUCUCAGUAGGCCACUCAUCAGUAAUAAGGUAAUGCUAAUAGUAUAGUAGUAGCAUUAAGGUGAUAUACUGCUAGUAUAGCAGUAGUAUUAAGGUGACAUAGUAAUAUUAGUAUAGCAGUAGGAUUAACUUAAUAUAGUACUAGUAAAGCAGUAGUAUUAAGGUAAUAUUCUACUAGUAUAGCAGUAGUAUCAUUGUAGUAUAGUACUACUAGUACAGUAGUAUUAAGGUAGUAUAGUACUAUUAUAGCAGUAGCAUUAAGAAGUUAGUAAAGUAGUUCUAGUAUAGCAGUAGCAUUAAGGUAGUAUACUCCUAGUAUGGCAGUAUUAUUAAGGUGGUAUAGUUGUUCUUGUACAGCAGCAAUAGUAUUUAAGUAAUAAAACAGAUAAGCUAUGCACAGUGCUGAGUGUUUGAUUCCCCAGAGAGAGAGACACCGUAUCGAUACUAGAACUAAUUUACUAGGUCAAUGAUGGCCUCUUUCUGUCCCAUUCAAAGGCUUCUUCCACUUGUUCAACACAGAGAGGUGUUGUCGUGUGUGUUUGCAGGUGUUUUCAGUGUCUGCAUGUGUGUUUAUAUCCCAGUGCAGUGGCGGACUCAGA